AUGGCCUUGAUACCUGAGGCAUUAAUUGGCUUACCUCUUCCAGCGAUCUUCCGAGUCGACUUCAGUAAAUUGCAACGCAGCACAGCUGGAAUACAAUUCCUUCGAAUUCAGACUUAUUUUCCUCUGGGUAUCCGUCCAGAAUCAAACUAUAGUGAGCAGAAAGGACCCAGCGAAGAAGAUGGUGUAAUUAUCGAGAUGAGUCGCUAUCUCACUCCGUCAAAGAUUGCUCUGCUGUGCCUUGUCGCCAUAUACACUGAAGGCGUUGUCCCCAACACCUCCGCCGUCCAUGUCCUUUCAUUUCUGGUGUCGUGUCUAUUUCCCCUAGACCCUUCAGAGCCAUUUUCCAGCUCAUCGAAAUGGGAGCGGCAAUUCUCAGUUUCCAUUUCCGACUUGGAGGAACUACUGUCGAACCGUGAAUCGUCCAUUCCCGGGCGUUCUGUCUGGGACCUGUUUCUUAGGAAGAUAUGGUCUCUCAAAUGUUUGGAUGCACUUGAGAUCUUCUUCUCUGAUAUAUCAUCUGUCCUUUCAAAAACACGCGAGGAGCAGAUCUACGAUAGGGAAAAUGGCAUCGCGCCUGAAACCGGCCGCAUGCGCGUUUCAAGAUCCUCGCCACUGGGUGUGUUCGUGAGAAGAGCCCAGCUAGAGUUUACGAGGCUGCAGUUUCAUGAUUCUGUAAAGCUUUGGAAGUCCUUUGUCAAAUAUCGUCUUCCGACAUACCAUGCAUGGUCAAAGAGGAAUCCUUCAGAUGAACAGGGCCCCAUUGACGUUAACUUGGUUGAGAUAGCCGAAUACCCAAACGAGUUGUUGGCGAACACGCUGUACGGCAACAUAGAAGACGAUUCAGAGUAUGAAAAUGCAAUCAGUACAAAAGAUGUGGAACGGCUGUUGGAAUUUCAGGUUGGCGAAUUGCAAAAGCUCGGUGGGAGAGUACCUGAUGAGAUGAGAGCGCAGCUGGGGCGCAUUCUUUCUUCUGGGGUUACUGUUCCAAGCCUAGCACACUAUCUCAGAUUUCUCGAUUCUUGGAGAGCUGGAGAUUAUCCGACAGCCUUUGACAAUCUUCAUCGGUAUUUCGACCAUACAAUGCAGGGCUAUGACCGUAGCUCGUAUCAGUAUGCGCUGCUUAAUCUUGCUGUUCUUCAGGCGGACUUCGAGUGUUACGGUGAAGCUGUCUCAGCCAUGCAGGAGGCUAUUUCAAUAGCCCGGGAAUUGCAUGAUAUGAACUGUCUAAACUUCUGUAUGAGCUGGCUGUAUCACUUUGGUAAGGCAUUUCCAGAGCAAAUGAAAGAUGUCCAAAACUCUGGUAUGCUUGGGAAUGAGAAGGAAGGCCUGGCCUUCUUGAAAGCCAAGGCAAAAGAGACUGAGAUGUGGAGUCUCUUGAGUACAACACUACUGAGCGAGGCCAAGCUCGAGCUGCAAAAUGGGGAAAGUCUUGCUUCUGUGUUUGAAAAUGUGGUGCGAGCAUCAUAUCUUAACGUCACAAAGUAUUUGGUGAAUUCGACCGGGCCGCAGUUCCUAUUGCAGACUGCAUUGUAUGCUAGGAUAGGCGUGACGCAUCUUUCCUGGCUGAACAGUAAAGUUUUUUGCGAGUGCUAUGCUAAUCGGGCGCCAUUCGAGGAUUUGCUGAAGAGCACAUUUCGGGGUUGUCAGCUUCUCGCACAGAAGGGUCGCUAUAACGAGGCCCUUGCGCGUAUGAACGGUAUUUCUCCCGAAAGGCAGCAUUCCCUCAAAAGCCAUCAACAUUGGACUUUUCUUUCUGGCGUUCUGCAGCUGAGACGGCGGAUUUGUCGGGAUGACAGGGUGGCUGCCGAUUACCUACUCUCGCAACUCCAAGAAAUCCAGCUUCCAGACGCUGACGUUUCGCUUCUUCUCACAUUCCUUUCCAUUGAGUAUUACGUCCGAAAAGGACACUACACUAUCGCACUGGAUCUGGUCGAACAGACAGCCAAGUCGAUUCAACAAGGGAGCUUUGACAUCCAGUACCAAAUAAAAAUUCUCUGCCUCAAAGCCAGAAUUUUUGAGAGGACAUUCCAGCCCCAGCGUGGCUUCUCCUUGGCUAUGAGAGCAGCCCGUAUCGCAUAUCGCUCCCGCCUCAUCCCAGGUCUCUGGGAAGCCAUCAGCACCCUUGCAGCUGUUCUCCUAGGGCUCAGAGAAUUCACGUCUGCAAACGAUAUGAUUGAAAGCAUCAUGCCGCAGAUCCUGGAGUUGGAGGACUGCGAACUCGCCGCACGGGGAUACUCUCUUCUCGCCGAUGCAAAUAUGGGCGUGGCCGGUUCCCUGUGGCGCCAGGGGAGCGAGAACACGCCGGCCCGGAAAGAAUACGUGAAUCGUGCCUUGGGGUACAUUGACUGCGCGUAUGACCAGUUCGAAAAGAUUGAUGAUGUCAUGGGUCAGUGUGAGAUGAUGGCUAAGAAGGCUACGACAAUGCAUCUCACGGGGGAUCUAGUGUUGGCUAAUGACUAUGCGGCGAAGUAUUUGGAUCUUCGGAGACAGAAUGCAACGGAGAAAUACUAGCUUGUUGAUAGCAUUAGGAUGAAUGAUAUGUGCAACAUAUGUCUCUGGGUCUGGGAAAGGAAGGGGGAAAAGGGCCCUUAGCAAAGUCUGGAGUCCGAAUAUGCUGGUCGAAGAAUACAUUCCUAAUGUCGUAUAGGUAAAAUUUAUGAGAAAUGGCCAUACGAUCGAAAAGAGUACGAACUCUACAAAGAUCCUCGAUAACCCACAUGAUCCCUUUCUAGGAAGUCAAUUAACUACAGUCUUGUUGGUUUACAUCGGCCGUUCAGAUUGAUGUAACUACUUCUCGAAUGCAAGGUGAUUUGAAACAAGUGAAAUAAAAUGAAUGAUAAGAAAGCGCGAAAGUGAACUAAACUCAUCAAUUUCGACAACUGUUCCUCGAGAAUAUCUUGAUGAAUAUACAUGACUCUCGACUUCCCGACCUGGCCUAACUCCCGAAUCCCGAAGAGCUCCGCUACAGGGUCUCAAGGACAGACUUAGGUAGCCUUGUCCUCCUUGUGGUAGUUGACCUUGUCAUUCCAG